UCAGGCGUACGCAAACCAGAAUGGAAACGGUCUCCCAGGAAUACACAUUUUGAAAGUCUUAUUUUAUGCAGAUAAUAUAUUUAUGUUUAAGAGAUAAUCAGACCCUAAAGAUUAAACUUUCCUAGUUCUGAAUUUUUCUUCGACGGACCAGCUAAAGAUCACACAAGAUGCAGAAGUCUGUCGGUGUUGUUUGCGUUUUCCUUGUCUUUUGCGCAACGCUGUCGGAGACUAUCGGAUUAGUGAUUGCGGCCAAAGAGAAGCGAGGCUGGACCCUGAACAGCGCUGGCUAUCUCCUUGGUCCCCGUCGUAUUGAGCACCUAAUACAGAUUAAGGAUACUCCCAGUGCAAGGGGGAGAGAGGAGCUGCUUGGUGAAUAUGCGAUCGACAGCCACAGAGGCCUCAGCGACAAGCACGGCUUAGCGGGGAAGAGGGACCUGCUCACGGAGGACGACUUCAAAUCAGGACCUUUGAGAAUAGCAAAUGAGAAUGAAAUACACACCAUCAUUGACUUCUUAUCCUACCUGAGGCUGAAAGAAAUGGGAGCCCUUGAUAACUUGCCCUCCUCGCUCACAUCAGAUGAGCUGGGUCAGCCCUAAUCUGGUGCCAACCUGUACAUAGCUACACCGGACCUCGGAUUUCACUGCUUGGCUCCACGCCGUCUGUUCGGUCCUCUUCCUUUCAUAGUAAAUGCUGCUGGUUCCUUCACUACCGUCUCUAUUACCAUACAGAGACAGUUUUAUUGAUUUAUUUUUCUUCGGUUGAUGCAAAGGUUGAAACAUCAAUAAAACUACU